AUGUCUGCUGCAGGUGUUUCAGCCUUGCCCCGCUACGACAAGAUCUUCUUGGUCGGAAUAUGGCUGGAGACGGUGGUAUGGGCAACGAACAUCGCAAUUUUUUUCAGUGCGAUUUGGAUCAUAUUCUGGAAACGCGGGGGAUCCACGCAAUGGAUGCUGGGCAUUACAUCCACCGUACUCUUUGUCUUUGCUACAAUUCACGUGUCGGCGUCAUUAUGCCAGUUACUUGAGGCAUUCGCUGAUGUUCCAGAGGACGCACCUUCGUUGUAUUCUUCUCUUUACUUCGUGAACAAAGCAGCACCGAUGGCUAUACUCAAGCAUGUAAUCUACGACACUACAGUUUGGCUGCAAGACAUUGUACUUAUCUGGCGUCUAUAUGUUGUAUGGGAACGGAGCUGGAAGAUAUGUUUCAUACCUUUCGUGGUCGACCUCGCGCAUAUGGCCUCAGCAUAUGCCGCAACAAUCAUCAUUUCCCGUCCGAACGUGAGCCUUUAUGACUCAGUCCUCAAGGGGCUCGGUCUGGCUGGGUGGGCACUCGAUCUUGCGGUUAACGUCAGCGUGACGGCUGUGAUCUCCGUCCGGCUAUGGUACAUGGGCAUGAAGGUCACGACACUUACGACGGGUGGUGCUCACGUCACGAGCUCACCAAACAGAUUCACGGUGCCGAUAUUCACCAUUAUUGAAUCUGGCGCUCUGUUUGCGACGGUCACCAUUGUGAUGAUGAUCAUGUACUGCAGGGGGAGUCCUCUCACAUUGGCUGCCAUGGACAUUGCGACACAGCUUGCGGUCACUACACCCCUUCUGAUCAUUGUCCGUGUCGGUUUGGGCUUGACCCACGGCUUACCCUCAGCGUACAAGAACGUGAUGAGGGGCACGAUGUCGACCUUCCGUGCUCCCUCGAUGUCAGGCGACGCCGAGUACAGCCUAAACACGGUGCACAUAUCGAGGACUCGUGUUGUCACCGAAUCGGAUGACGCCGCCCCAAACCGCAUGGUGUACGUGAUGAAAGCCCUUGAGCAUCCAGGAGAGUUUGCAGAUGACACCUCUCAAGUGUCUGCAUAGAUCAGCAUCAUUCGCUAGUCCAUGAUAUGAGACAGGUAUUUGAUGAGCUGGUUAUAUCCUCAUCGUAUUCAUUUACCCAGUAUACCCACACGAUAUUCGUUAUUGGUCGAACAGGAACGUGCUCUGUAGACGAUUGGCAUGUUCAUCCGAGUUUUUGUUCUUGAGUGGUGCGUUGUAUACAUGGACAUCUCAGCUGUAUCUAUACAAUGUUGAAACUGCGAACGCUUGAUUGCGAA